AUGGGCACCGUUAUGGAUGUCUCGGACCUUGUCUCUCAGAUGCAAGACACGUUGGCAGCUAUACACAGCACCCUUCAAUCUCUCGACCCAAAGGUCCACGAUGCGAAGUUCGACGACCUCGAAAAGAAGCGAGAUGAGGCUAUCAAGGCUCUGACCGCCGCAUUCUCGGCCGAGGCCGAUGAGUUGGAACGGAAGCGGAAAGCCGAACGGGAGGAAAUCAUCGAACGGCGAAGGAAAGAGGAUGAGGAGCGAGAGCUGCGGAGACGUGAAGAGGACAAGGAUGUGGCUGCGAAAGCCCACGAGGAAGACGAAGUCCGGAGCAGGAAGCUCAAAGAAGAGACGGAGGAUGUCGAGCAAGAGACGGACGAGCUGAUGAGCCGGGUCGAAGAAGAGGCCCACGAGGCCGCCACAAAGGGACGGGAGAAGCUCCAAACAUUGCAGGAGAAGCGACGGGAACUCAACCGUCUAAUUGAGAAACAACUGGAAGUGACACUUCCCACACUCCCUGUUACGCCGGCGAGGAGGAGGUCCACGAGAUUCAUAAGGACCAAUACUUCCCCUCAUUCCUUCACCGACAAGACAGGGCCCGAGACCUUGAAGAGGGCAGAUGCCCCUGCCCAUCCUGGGCCGGAGCAGCAGAAAGCGGACAUAGUCGACGAAGGGCCGCAAGAGGCACCGGCUGCAUCUCCCUCGGCAGACGACGUGAAUAAGUCCGACUCCAGUCCAUCGCUGCAAGAGAAAAUGGACAUUAGUGAUCGAGAUGCAAUGGAACGCGCCGAUGACUCACCAGUACAACAAAAUGCAGGGAGCCAGGCUGAGGUCUCCGAAGCAACUGGGUGGCCCCUUACACAAGAGGGUGCGGUUACGGAUGUUGUUCAUGAUUACCGAGAGGACCUCCAGGAACGUACGGCGGCGCCCGAGACGGAUUAUCGCCACCUCGAAAGCCCCAACAGCCAACACAGUUUGAGGAGUGAGGCUACCGAACCACACAAAGCCGAGGCCAUCUCCGACACCAUAAAGGAUGCUGGCAUUCCUGAGGUGGAAGAGGGUGAAGUACACCAAGGGCAGGUUGCUGGCGAGCGUAGCAGCGCAGGAGCUGUGCCUUCAACAGACAGGGAAAGCCCCGAGCCGUUCAAGGAGAAUGCUACAUCGCCUAACGAAGAAGAGUACCGAGAUAAUCACGAUUACCCCCCUGUGGCUCACCCUACCGCGUUGGACACUUCUGUUGUCGCCGAAGCCAUUCCGUCGCCUAAGCACCAACUGCCAGGACACCGCCCAGCGCUGUUCAUGAUGGCAACCGAAGCGGAACCAACCCCUUUCUAUCACCACGACCUUUCCGACGUCGAGGAAGCCUCUUCUGCGUCUUCGCCAAGGCAAAAAGACUCAGAGGGUGAUGCAUACUCUCAGCUUUCGGAAGCGUCAGGGCCCCGACCGUUCUCAGCUCACGCUGACCCAAGCGGAUACGUGUCUGACAAUGGCGACGCGCCGGACACCAGCUUCAGCCAUCGGGGAGAAAGUUACAUCGAAGAAAACGAGAUCAGCGAAUCGGAGCGUUCUCACCCAGACAUACCACAAGUCUUAGCUGCGGGGCCUUCAGUGGUCCACGCAGCCGAAAGCCAGGGGCAAGGGGACACGACAGAUGCGGGCUUUGAAGAAAACCUCCCUCGCCUCCACCCAUUGCAAACUACCGAAAUAACACGAGAACCUAGCAGUACGGUGGCCCAACAGAAGAUAGACAAGGAGAAAGAAGGAACUUCUGAGCAAGAGAAGGACCGUAUCCCAGAGCCAAGAGCAGGCGAACCUAACAUUCCCGAGCAAGAACUGGCCGUGGAUGCCGCUGGCUACGACAACGAACCGGCCCAGGAACACGACGAAGUGGGAGCGCCAAAUAGCGGCGUGCAUGACGCUCUCGGCAUCCAAGGCGGCCACGUCGAAUCUGAGCUUAAGGACUCUGGUCCUUCACAAGAUGAUACAUCACCUCUUCUCACCCGUGAUCCUCCACCAGGGCCUGAUGACCGCGAGCACGAAAAGGACGAUGACAAGGCCUCCGUACUUAAAGAUAGCACGGCCACUAGGCGUGAAUCAUCCGUUGAUUACAUGUAUAAAGGGUACAGGCGCCCGUCACCAGAGCCAUACGAUAUCAGACCUCGGACAUCUGAACGGGAGUGCGAGCCAGAGCGCGAUGGGUCACACCAAUCCCCGGGCCGUCGUGGGCAUUCAGACGACGAUACCGACACAGAAUCGCAGCGAUUUGUGACACCACUACCGUCCCAGAACUCGUUGAGGGCGUAUUAUCAACGAGAGAACCCCCCGCAUGAUGUUGCAACCGACGAUGAUUACGUUGGGGCAUAUUACGAGGAGGAAGACCCUCAACAGUACGAGCUAGAACAUCAACAUAGCACUACCGUCCAUGGCGAGGAUAACCUGUUCGAUGACACAGACCAGAGCGAUGCCCCGCCCGCAGAUGAGGAGGCCGAGACUGUCACUACUAGUCAGCAAGGAACGCCUGUGCUACCAGAACAUUCGGAGCAAACCGAGGAGAUGCAGGUUGGUCAGAACGCCGAGGCGCAAAGAAUACCCGAAGUCACUGUGAAGAGUCCAACUUCUCCCGAAGACCCCGCCCGAAAGAGCUGGAUAGAGGAGGUCGACAGCUAUUUUGAAGAGGAGGGAUCAGUGCCACAACCCGAGACACCGCCACCACAGGCCCGUGGUUGGGACCAGGGCCAAGGCAACAGUGAUCCCGCCCAAGAAGACGUGCAGCGGGAAUCGCCCGUCUCGACCGGCAGUGGCCUUUCCACCAACCACUGUAACAUUCAGCGGCCUCAGACCCCUACUCGACACGAGUAUCUAGCUUCGUCUUCGGAAGCGACCCCCGAGGAAUCAACCACUCGCGUUCGCGAUGCCACGGACACUACAUAUCAUGUGGAUGAUGGCUGGACUACCUCAGGUCUCAACGAUACGGAGAACAACACCCCCGCAGCGGCGGCAUCUUCAAACGCAUGCGCAGCAUCUUCGAGCCAGGCCGCUCCGGCCCCUCACCAAACCCAGGCCCAAAGCCCAGCCAGCACCCACCACCACCACUACCGCGAGUCCUACCCCAGCCCCAGCCACAGCUCCAUCCACACCCACACAGCUCGCUCCCCCUCCACCGGCACAUGGCCCACGCACCAACAGCAGCAGCAGUACCACCAACCCCCCAACAUUAGCAACCCCUCCUCCACCACAGCCCCCACAAUCUCCACAGGAGCCUCCUUCCCCUACCCACCCCGCGGCGCGCGCUUCUCCCCACAGCGCACCCGCUUUCUCGCCCCUCCCCAGCCCCACGCGGCCGACCACGCUGCCGCCCGGAUCCGGGGACGGGGGGGAAUUGACCACGCUCGGGCGUGGCGGGGGCUGGUGAUACUGGCGCUGACGGUGACGGUGGGAGAGGCGGAUGGGGAGAGUGCGGAGGAGGGGGAGAGGGUGGUUAUUGCGUUUGUGCCGAGUCCGAGUCCGGGGAGGGAGGAUGAGCGGCGGCGGGAGGAGGAGAAGAAUGAUGAUGAUGCUAUGGAGGCUAAAGCUCCGACUACAGCUCUGGCUGCGGCUACCGGUGAUAGCCACGAGCAAGGGGUUACGGUGCUGGAGAGCAACUUUGAUCGACUCGGUGUCCACUCGGUCACCGCCCCGGCCUCGGUAGGCGAGGAGGGUUCUGUGGAUGAUGCGGAGAAGGAGGUGGUGAAGGGACCAGAGAAAGGAGAAACGGAGGACGCAAUCAGGUUACGCGCAAAGCCUGCUUUUGGCCCGGGACGGGAGGCUAGUGAUACGGGUGCUCGGCAACCGCCAAUAUAUACCGAAGCUGUUGGCGAGGCGAGGCUGGCGUGGAUGUGGGUUGAGGGUUGGCGAGCGAGGUUACGGAAGGGCAAUGAGGUUGUUGAGAAGGCGAGAUUAGAAUUUCAGUUGGACUCUCGGGAGGAGGUGUUCAAGUCAGUGCCUGUUGUUGUGGUUGAGGAGCGGGAAAUCACGGGGAGUGACCAAGAAUAA